AUGGCACCAGUCCAGCUCGACACAGCGCACUACAAUGCGCGCAUGUCACUCAUCUACGACGCUUGGUCGUCCGCGAGCGAUUUUGAAGAGUACAACUCGAUGAGCAAUCUCGAUGCAUUGUUCCUCAUGUCAGGAGAUCAUGCGGAGGACGAGGUUCCGCGUAAAACCUCGGCAGUGCAGACUUGGCUAUUCGGUUACGAAUUCCCCUCUACGUUCAUCCUGAUGCAAAAGAACAAGGUUACAUUCUUGUGCUCGGGUACAAAAGCGAAAAUCCUCGAGCCUAUCCGCACUUCCCAACCUAAUAUUCCUGUGGAGAUUCUUGUACUACCGAAAGCAAAGGACGCUGCCGCUGCAAACGCCCAGGACGUGAUGAAGGCAUUCGUGGGCCUGUUAUCGAGUGCGCAACGCGUCGGAACGCUGUCCAAAGAGGAGCACUCUGGAAAGGUCAUCAACGAUUACAAGGCAGCGCUCAGUGCGUCUGGUCAUACCUUUGAGACGGUCGACAUUGCGGUUGCAUUGGGAGCAGCUAUGGUCAUCAAAGACGAAGAAGAGCUUAAAAUCAUCCGAACGACUUCAAACCUUUGCAAUACUCUUCUCUCUGAAUACGUCGUGCCCAAGCUCGAAUCGAUCAUUGACAAGGAGAAGCCAACUCCGCACGCGACGUUGGUUAGCUUGAUAGAACAUCGUCUUGGGGACAAUGAGCGACCUGCCGACAUGAAACUGUGGAGCAAGGGGCGAAACUUGACCGACGUGGAUUUCCCAUCAGUCGAGUUUGUCUAUGUGCCACAGAUCCAGUCGGCUGGAUCCGGCUUCAAUUUGAAGCUCUCGAGUGAACCAUCGUCUGCAAACAUUGCGUUCAAGGGCGUUCACAUUACGUCCAUUGGCCUCAAGUACAAGGGAUAUUGUGCCAACGUCUCCCGAACAUAUAUCGUCGACCCCACUUCACCGCAGGAAGCCCUCUAUGGACUGGUUGUCGAGAUUCAUAAAGAGGUCAUUGCGAAACUCAAGGAGGGCGCCGUCGCUCGCGACGUGUACAAUCAUGCUCUGAGCAUCGUGAAGCAGAAGAGGCCAGAGCUGGAAGGAAACUUCCUAAAGAACAUUGGGCAUGCGAUGGGUCUGGAGUUUAAGGAGAGCGCCUAUGUACUUUCGGCCAAGAACGGCAGGGUUUUGCGUACUAACAUGGUAUUCAAUCUUACCAUUGGAUUCCAAGAUGUCAAGGAUGAAAAGGGGCCGGCCUACACCGUUCAUAUUGCGGACACGGUCAAGAUUGGGCAAGAACGAGGCGUUUGUUUGACGGAUGUCGCACGCGAUGCAAAGGAAUGCAUGUUCUUCUUCCAGAACGAAGAAGAGGUCAAGCCAAAGCCCAAGGCACCAAAGCAAGAGUCCCCCAAGAAGAGCAAGAUUGUUGGAGGAAAGGCGCUUCGAACUGCGACACGGAGCGGCGGAGGCGCCGAAGUAGCUCAGAACGUCAGGACAAAGAUAUACCCUCACCAGGUGGAACUACACGCGAAACGGCAGGCUGAUGGCCUCGCCCGCUACGAGUCUGGAGGUGGUGCUGGUACUGGUGCCGAAACGAAGUCGUGGAAACGAUUUAUCAGCUACAAAGGCGAAGCGGCGCUGCCUGCUGAAUGCUCGGAGCCAAAGGUUGCUACUGGCUAUUUAUGCAUUUGGAAUGCCUUUGACACUUUCCAGAUUUACAUUGACAAGAAGGCUCUGACUGUCGUUUUGCCAAUCCAUGGCUACGCGGUGCCCUUCCACAUCAACACUAUCAAGAAUGUUAGCAAGAAUGACGAAGCGGAAUAUGUCUAUCUGCGCAUCAACUUCCAGACUCCGGGUCAACUGACUGGGAAAAAGGAGGAUACACCUUUCGAAGAUCCUGAGGCUACCUUCAUUCGCUCUUUGACUUACCGAUCCUUGAACCGAAUGCGUUUCGAUACACUCUUUGCGUCGAUUCAACAGCUGAAGAAAGAUGUCAACAAGCGCGAGCAGCAGAAGAAAGAGAUGGCAGACGUUGUCGAGCAGGAUAGAUUAGAGGAGCUCAAAGGCAAACCCCAAAGACUGCCGGAUGUGUUCCCGCGUCCAGCUUUGGAUGGCAAGCGUCUCCCUGGAGACGUCGAAAUACACCAUAACGGUCUUCGUUAUACUUCUAUGGGUAAUCAGCGCGUCGACGUCCUGUUCUCAAACAUCAAACACCUAUUCUUCCAACCUUGCGACAACGAGCUUAUCGUCUUGAUUCAUUGUCAUUUGAAGGCCCCAAUCAUGAUCGGCAAGAAGAAGACAAAGGACGUUCAAUUCUACCGCGAAGCCACGGAUAUGCAGUUUGACGAGACAGGAAAUCGCAAACGCAAGCAUCGAUAUGGUGACGAAGACGAGAUCGAGAUGGAGCAGCAAGAACGCAAACGACGUGCACAGCUCAACAGAGAGUUCAAGGCUUUCGCAGAGAAAAUCGCUGAAGCCGCCACCGAGUUCCUUGGGGAGCCUCUGGAGCUGGACAUUCCCUAUGGCGAGCUAUCGUUCGAAGGUGUGCCGUUCAGAACCAACGUCAAGCUUGCGCCUACAAUGGAUUGCCUGGUCUACCUGACGGACCCUCCGUUCCUCGUUGUUACCUUGUCCGAGAUUGAAAUGGCGUCCUUGGAACGCGUUCAGUUUGGCCUCAAGCAAUUCGAUAUGGUCUUCGUGUUCCGCGAUCUCACCCGCGCACCACUGUCCAUCAACUCGAUACCAAGCUCACAACUCAAUAAUGUCAUGGAAUGGCUGAACGACGUCGAUGUUCCGAUCGCUGAGAGUCAGAUCAACUUGAAUUGGGGACCCAUCAUGAAAACCAUCAACGAGGAUCCCGCCGAGUUCUUUGCAGGUGGCGGUUGGGGCUUCCUAGGCAUUCCUGGGCAGCCGGCUGACGAGGACUCCGAGCAAUCCGAGGAGGAAUCAUCGUAUGACCAAAGCUCUGAAGAAUCUGAAGAAGAGGACAGUGGUAGCGAUUUUGAUGACAGCGACGCCAGUGACGACGACGAUGAGGACAUGUCUGGAGACGACUCGGGAGGAGAUUGGGACGAGAUGGAGGCAAAGGCUGCCAAAUCCGAUAAACGCAAAGCCGAUAAAGGGCGCGGUCGUGGCUCCGAUUCAGACGUCCCCAAGAAGAAAAAAGCGAGCGGUGGCAAAUCAGGUCGCUAA